AUGCUGGCGCCUUUUCGAAUGGCUACCCACGAGGAAAUACAUUCGACAUCUCUCCACACAACCACGAACCCUGACUCCGGCCCAACGACGUCGCAACAAGCUCCUCAUCCGCCUAGCCCCGUGGCCUCGUUGGUCUCCUUUGGACUCCUUUCCGCUGGCGGUGCUCCGGAGCUUGAGACGGUUCGAUACUACGAUUUGACCACGGUGCAAGGUACUGCUCGUGGGUGGGAACGCGAAGAGCGAAUUCUCCUAUGUGUACCACUUCGCGAUGCUGAAGCUCACUUGGGGAUGUUCUUUUCUCACAUGCGCAACUUGACAUAUCCUCACCAUCUGAUCGAUCUCGCCUUCCUCGUUUCCGAUUCAAAAGACAAUACCCUCAAAGUUCUUUCUGACAGUUUGGAAGCUAUUCAAGCGGACGAGGACCCCAAGCAGCCGUAUGGGGAGAUCUCCAUCAUCGAGAAGGACUUUGGCCAGAAGGUCAAUCAGGAUGUUGAAAGCCGUCAUGGAUUCGCAGCUCAGGCUAGUCGACGAAAGCUGAUGGCGCAGGCUCGCAACUGGCUCUUAAGUGCAGCUUUACGACCGUAUCACUCUUGGGUUUACUGGCGUGAUGUCGAUGUAGAAACGGCCCCAUUCACCAUCUUGGAGGAUCUUAUGCGACAUAACAAGGAUGUUAUUGUUCCCAACGUCUGGCGACCGUUACCCGACUGGCUAGGCGGCGAACAGCCUUAUGACUUGAACUCAUGGCAAGAAUCGGAAACGGCUUUGGCUCUCGCCGAUACUCUUGAUGAGGAUGCUGUCAUUGUUGAGGGUUAUGCUGAGUAUGCCACAUGGCGACCUCACCUGGCUUACCUCCGUGACCCUUUUGGCGAUCCUGAUAUGGAAAUGGAAAUUGACGGCGUCGGAGGUGUCAGUAUUCUGGCGAAGGCCAAGGUUUUCCGAUCUGGUGUUCACUUCCCAGCUUUCAGUUUCGAAAAACAUGCAGAGACAGAAGGUUUCGGCAAGAUGUCCAAAAGAAUGGGGUACUCGGUCAUUGGCCUACCGCAUUAUACCAUAUGGCAUUUGUAUGAGCCUAGCGUGGAUGACAUCCGUCACAUGGAGGAGAUGGAGCGAGAACGACUUGCUAGGGAGAAACAAGAGGAAGAAAAGAAGAAGAACCAACAAAAGAUUAAAGAAGAGUAUAGUGAUACCAGAAAUGAAUGGGAGAAGGAUAAGCAAGAGAUGCAAAACUUAGCAGCUCAACCGAAACCUGUUAAGGAUGCACCUAAAGCUCCCAGUCGGGAUGCUUUGGCCCAACCCCACAACGGACAACCUGGGUCUGGAGAGCAAGUCAAGGGGGGUCCCGGAAACGCAGUACAAGGCGAAAGUAAGCCACAAGUGGCCAAACAGGAGGGUAAAGUAGAAAAGGAGGAGGAAGACAAACCGGCUGACGGAGCUGCAAAAGUCGCGCCUAAGGAAGGGGCUGCGCAGAAGCCUGGUGAUGUCGCCGCAUAA